GUGCAACUUUUCGAAAGAGCCCUCGCGUCAACCACAGGAGAUGAUUUACAACAAAUUCUGUGGUUAAAAAGUCCAAGUUCUGAAGUGUGGUUUGAUCGUCGAACAAACUAUACGAGAUCUAUGGCAUGUAUGUCGAUGGUUGGGUACAUCCUGGGAUUAGGUGACAGAGAUCCAGCGCUGAGUGGAGAAGGAAAAACGCGAAAGAACACGUUCGAUAACGAGUGCUGGCGAAUGUUAGGAAUGGCAACGGUUGCAGCGGCCAAAGGAAAGGCAUAG